AUGUGUAAUCCGGACACCCCUUCAUCGGCUCAGGACCACAUUGGAGUAACAACACCCCAUCAAGCCGCCUUAGUACCUGAUUCUGAUAACAGUGAUGCGGAUUCAGCCAUCGGAGAAUCAAUCGGAGGCUCCUUGACAGCGUCUUUAGCGUCAUCGGUCCUCAAUUACAAGUACGAGAAUGGCCGACGGUAUCAUGCGUACCGCGAGGGUCAGUAUAUCUUGCCCAAUGAUGAACAGGAGCAAGAUCGCCUAGACAUGCUUCAUCACAUCUACAAACUCAUCAUUGGAGGUGCUCUUUACCGGGCCCCCCUUACGGGUGAUUAUGGCUGGCGGAUCCUCGAUAUAGGCUGCGGCACGGGUCUUUAUUGCAUUGAGAUUGCCGACGAGUUUCCGAACGCAUUGGUUAUCGGCACUGAUCUAUCUGCUAUUCAGCCAGAAUGGGUUCCACCCAAUUGCAGAUUUUAUGUCGAUGACAUUGAAAGCGAGUGGGCAUAUCCUCCAAACGAGCAUUUUGACUAUAUCCACGGCCGAGCUCUCUGUGGCAGCAUCGCAGAUUGGCCAAAAUUGUUUUCCCAAGCGCUCACGAAUCUCAAGCCGGGUGGGUUGAUGGAGAUGCAGGAGUAUCACUGCGAGGUGCUUAGUGAUGACCAGACAAGCGAACAGGCCACUUAUCUUCUGGAUUGGGUUGUUCAGAUGAACGAAGCCAGUAAAAAGUUCGGCAAGGAGCUUGCCACGGCGAAUGGCCUGAAGAAGCAAAUGACGGAUGCUGGCUUUAUCGAUGUCCAUGAGGAAAUCUAUAAGGUGCCUAUUGGUCCCUGGGCCAAGGGAAAAAGAAACAAAGAGUUGGGCAUGUAUUACCGUGCUCAAUUUGUGGACGCUGUGGAGCCUUUCACCAUGGCAUUAUUCACCCGCGUACUGGGGUACACUGCCGAAGAAGCUUUGAUUGUUGUCGCGCGAGUCAAGAGCGAUUUGCUCAAUCCCAAACUGCACAUGUAUGUCAACUUCCACUAUAUUUGGGGCAACAAAGCGAGAUGA